AUGACAUGGGUAACACUCAUCAAGUUUAAGCAUGAUGGAUUUGUCGAGUUUCAGAAGUUCAAGGUGAAAGCUGAAAAACAAAGUGGCCAGAAGCUGAAAGUUCUCAGAACUGAUGGUGGAGGCGAGUAUAACUCUACAGAGUUCAGAAAGUUCUGUGAGGAAAAUGGAAUUGAGCAUGAGGUGAUUGUUCCAUACACUCCUCAAUACGAUGGUCUUACUGAAAGAAGAAACUGGACUUUUCUUAAUAUGACAAGGAGCAUGUUGAAGGAGAAGAAGUUGUCUCACACCUUGUGUUCAACAAAGAAGUUGAAGGAAAUUGUUCCUUUUGAGAAUUGGGCUGGUGAUAAGCAAAGUGUGAGUCAUUUCAUGGUAUUUGGUUUUGUUUGUUACAAACAUGUUCCAGGUGCUACUAGAAAGAAAUGGGAUGAUAGAAGUAAAGUAAUGUUACUGAUUGGGUACCACAAUACAGUGUUAACAUCUGAGUUAACUUCUCAAGAGAUUUCUGACUCAGAAGGAGAUUCUGCCUCUGAAGAUCAGUCAGAGUCAGAUGGUAAUUCUGAGUCUAAAGAUGAGUCAGAGUCUGAUAUUAACUUUGAAGUUGUAAAAGACCCAGAAGGUGAAUAUGAUGAUGAUUUAUAUUCUGAUGAUACUCCAGAAUCUAGUGAUAAUCCAACCUCUGAUAAUGGUCAUGCCUUUGAAGGUGGACCUUUUAAAGGUGGAGCUUCUGAAGGGAUGAAGAUUCUGUACUCUGAGAAGGGUAUCAUUUUGCACCAGCUGAAGUAUGAACUUGAACUUCUGAAGAGAUUCAAACUGAAAAAUUAUAAGACUGCAAUCACACCUGCUGAAACGAAUCACAAGGUGGAUUCUGAUAUUGAGGGUGAUAAUGUAGAUGUUAGAAUUUUUAAACAGUUGGCUGACUCAUUGAGAUAUCUUUGUAAUAUCAAACCUGACAUCUGUUAUACAGUUGAAAUAGAUCUAAAGAUCAAAGUGAAAAAGCCCGUGAAGCUGAUGAUUGACAACAAAUCAGCCAUAAGCCUUACCAAGAAUUCAGUGCUGCAUGAAAGAAACAAUUAUAUUAACACGAAGUUUCAUUUUCUGAGGAAUCGAGUUCAGAAUUGA